CGCAGGCAGCCAGGCACCUCCAUCUCCGGCACCUCGAGACCUAACCAGCAUACCCGAAUCGCCGAUCCGCACCAUGGACGCGAACUGGCAGCCCGUGCAGGGGUCCAACCCGCCUGACGGCGUCGACCCGAAUUACAACCCCGCCGCCGCCGUCGCCGGAGGCGACUGGCGCGCCCAGCUCCAUCCCGAGACGCGCAGCAGGAUCGCCGGAAGGAUACUCGAAGCUCUGAAGAAGCUUAUUCCAGUUUCGGAGCCAUUCGGAUUGUAUGAACUUCAGAAAAUUGCUGUGCGGUUCGAACAUAAGAUCUAUGCCGCGGCGAUCAACCAGUCUGAUUAUCUGAGGAAGAUUUCUCUGAAAAUACUAUCUAUGGAGACAAAGGCACAUCAGGCUCCUGGAAAUGCUCAACUGAAUCCAAAUCAAAACAACCCCCAAUUAAGUGGCUCAGAUGACUUGACAAUCAUGUUGAUGGCGAUAGAACUAGUAUUACUGGCAAGUGAAGUGGCAGCUGCGGAGCCUCGAGUGUCUUGUCAAAAGCAGUCGGAGGCGGCCGUAGACCUCUGCCCGCUCGAGAACUACGAAUCGCCGAUCCGCACCAUGGACGCCAACUGGCAGCCCGUGCAGGGGGCCAACCCCCCCGACGGCGUUGACCCGAACGCCGCCGCCGUCGCCGGAGGCGACUGGCGCGCCCAGCUCCAGCCCGAUGCGCGCAGCAGGAUCGUCAACAGGAUAUUGGAAACUCUGAGGAGGCAUUUGCCAGUAUCAGUGCCAGAGGGGUUGAACGAGCUUCAAAGAAUUGCUGUGCGAUUCGAAGAGAAGAUCUAUACCGCAGCGACCAGCCAGUCUGAUUAUUUGCGGAAGGUUUCUCUGAAAAUGCUCUCUAUGGAGACGAGGACACAACAGGCUCCUGGAAAUGCUCAAGUGAUUCCAAAUCAAAACUACCCUGGUCAAGGAUGACCUAGACGAUCAUGUUGAUGUUACAAACUUAUGUCUCCAGCGUGUGCAAAAGAGGCUUGCAGUUCUGAACAAGCGCACCAAGGGUGGCUGCUCCUGCAUGUCCCUGCUGUUAUCUGUCGUCCCUAUAGUGAUCAUUGUGGUUAUUGUCUGGAUUCUCAUGAAGAUCUGUAACCCCUUCCCAACUGAAAUCAGUUUAAGAUGUACAGAAUUUCAAAGAUAGUAUGAUUACUUCCA